AUGGGAAACGUUGACACGCCCCGAUUUUAUAAUUAUCCUAUUCCUCGUGCGGGACCGGAUGUUCCGUAUGAGAAUGAGACGCAGGUCAUUCCUGUCUUUCGCGGGUUGCCGUUGGAACUUGGAGCUUUCGUCAUCUCCAAUGUCGGCCUUGUUCAGAGCCACUUCUGGCGCAAUGCGGGAUUCGACGUCAUCCACGAUAUCAAGCAGCUCGAUAGCUAUACUGCGCGAUUCGAUCCGACUGUGAUCCCUAUCACGGAUGCGUCUGCCCCGAAACAGUCCCUCCCGGCCCCGACAGAGCGUAAAGGCAACGGUACCGCGUACUACACUUCCGCAGACUACCACGCGCGAUAUCUUUCCGGAGAGCUCACGCCUACUGCUGUGGUUGAGGCCCUGCUGCCUCUGAUCCGCCGUGAUGUUUCGCCUCCGGGGAAGCAUUCGGUUGCAUUCCUGGAAUCACACGUUGAAUCUGUUCGUGCUGCAGCAGAGGCAUCCACGCAGCGAUACAAGAACGGGAAGCCACUGGGUCCGCUGGACGGAGUGCCCGUGGCAGUCAAGGAUGAGGUGCAUGUGAAGGGGUAUGAGAGAACGCUGGGAAGCAAGAUUGACAUGAAGGGGAAUAUCGAUGAGACCUCGUGGUGCGUGAAGAAGUGGGAGGAAGCUGGAGCUAUCAUGAUCGGGAAGACUACAAUGCAUGAGUUUGGACUAGACACGACCAACAACAAUCCAAUCUACGGCACACCAAAGAAUCCUCAUCAUUCACAAUACUACUGCGGAGGCUCCUCCGGUGGCUCUGGCUAUGUGGUCGCAGCAGGCCUCGUCCCAAUUGCAUUGGGCGCUGACGGCGGAGGCUCGAUCCGUCUUCCCUCCAGCUUCUGUGGCAUCUGGGGUCUCAAACCGAGUCAUGGAAGAAUCUCAGGAGCUCCCACAGUCGGUCUCGCUACAACCGUAGGAGUAUAUGGCCCCAUGGCAGCUAGCAUCGAUGAUCUAGCGCUAUCCUACCGCAUCAUGGCGGCUCCUGCUCCAACGGCUGAGGAUCCCACUUCUGCCCUCUUCCCAGACCCUCUCUCUACCAUUCCAUCCACCAAGCAGAAGAAGGUCAUAGGUAUCUUCCGUCCCUGGAUCGAGCGCUCAGAAGCUCCCGUCCGAGCCAUAUUCGACGCCGCUCUAGACUAUUACCGCACCCAACAAGACUACACCGUCAUCGACAUCUCUAUUCCCUACCUCCCCGAAGGCCAGCGCGCACACGUCGUAACCAUCAUGGCUGAGAUCGCCUCUGGUAUCACCCCCAGUCAGAUCAAGAAACUGACAGCACCCAACAAAAUCCUUGUCAGCAUGGGCGCCCACCAAAUCAAAGCGCAGGACCUCAUCGCCGCUCAACGUCUGCGCCAACUCCUCAUGGCCCAUCUCGCGCAUGUCUUCGAGCAAUACCCCGGCCUCAUCAUCUUCACGCCCACCACGCCCAUGCCCGGCUGGAAGAUCGAGCGAGGCGAUGCCGACCUCUCCCACGGCGUCAGCGACGCCAAAGCCUCCGUCCGAAACAUGGAAUAUGCCUUCCUUGCCAACUUCACCGGUUGUCCCGCCAUUAACUGUCCGGCAGGCUACCUCCGCGAUGACGACAAGGGUUCCGUCCCCGUUGGAAUCAUGGGAAUGAGCGAAUGGGGCAGUGAAGAGAUACUGAUCGAUUUCGCUAGAGAUGGACAGGGAAUUCUAGAUUUGGAUCUUGGCGCAAAGAUAUCUUCUACGACUAAAGCACGAGAAGAAGAAGAAACCGGUCUGAGGAAACCAAGUGGGAACAGCACUACGUGGGUGGAUGUCUUUUCUGAAGUGGAGAAAAACGUUAGUGUUUGA